UGGGAACUGGCAGGAAUAUGUCUGCAAAUAUUGUGAUAUGAAGGGACAUGUUAUUCGUUUCUGCCAAAUUCUCGCCAAGGACGAGAAAGACCAUGUCGUCUUCACAACGAUUCGAGGAGAAGUCUUUGAUUACGAGGGAAACCUCAUCGAUCAGGAUAUUGAAGGAGGAAUGAGAAAGGAGGCUUUUCGACGGAUGGGCCGUCCUCUUCCGGCCACGUUCCGCCGAGCUUCUCCUGAAGAAGCAAGUCUUUUUGAGUUAGAAAAAACAAUGGCUUCUCUGGAGAUUGGUGGGUGUGACGAAAAAGAGUUGAAGGAAAGGAAAGAAGACAUCGCUCAUCGGGCGCGAGAAGUAACCAGGAAACUGGGCAAAUGUCGAGAUUCCAUUAUUCAAUUAUGUGUUGACAUUGAUAGAGUCUGGCCGAACCUUCCUAAUGUGUUCCUUUUUGGUGGAUGGGGGAACGAAGGUCAGGAUGGGUCUGCACCUGCGGCCACUUCGGCGCAGGAAGCAAAGCCAAUGGCACUGCCAAUGACGAUGUCCAGACCUGUACUCAAGCGAGGGAUGCCAACCGUCAUGGUGCAGACGAGAAAAGGAAGGAAGACCUCACAAUUGCAGCCUGCGUCAGGAGAAAGUUCAAAGGAACCUCAGGAAAAAGAACCUAUUCAGAUAGAAGAAGGGGAUGAUGAUGAGGAGGAUGAAAGAUUGCGAGCAGAGGAUGAACUGCUAGCAAAGCAAAGAGCUAUGGAAAGGGCGUCGGAAGCAGGGAAGACCCAGGUCGAGGAAGAAGAACCUCGCAAAAAGAAGAACGUGUACUCAAUUCCUGUUGAACAAGGGAUUGAUUUUGAACAGCUGGUGGAUCGUAUUCUGGAAAGUCGGCGUGAUCUGGUUACCUUGAAGGAAAUUCUUGCAGUAUCGUCAAAGCUUCGCGAGGAAUUCAAGCAACGCAUGACUCGGAAGAAAAUCAUGACAAUGCCUGGAGUACGACGGGACUUGACGAUCCCGAGGUAUCUGCUGGUUCGUGAUACACACGCUGAAGACCGUCCUUUCAUCAUCGAGACCGAUGCAGGUCCUACCGCUUUGGGAGGAGUUUUGGUCCAAAAGGAUGGAGAAGGACGGGAACGGCCAUUGAGGUUCGAGAGCAGAACUCUGAAUAUUACUGAGCGGAACUACUCCCAGUUCAAGAAGGAAACUCUCGCUGUGCUUCACUGUCUGCGCAUUUUCAUGAAUUAUGUAAUUGGUAGACGGUUCAUUCUGCGAGUUGAUCCUACGGCUCUGGCUCACUCAUUGAAGAACUAUUCUCCUUCUGAUCCAACCAUUUCUCGAUGGCUGAUAUAUAUUUGGAUGUUCAAUUUUGAAAUUGAGUGCAUCUCAGACACUCAGAAUCGAGCAGAUGGAUUGAGUCGUGUUGAUUGGGACUCAUCGACGGAUCAGGCUGAGAAUUCAGUUCCUGUGGAUGGAUUCCUCGAAGGAGAAGAGUCACAGUUGAGUAUUAACUCAAACAAUUAUUUGGCGGAUGCGACAACUCGGCAUGGUAAAACCAUCUGGAAUGCUCCUUGUUUCCAUCAUGUGCGAUCAGAGCUUGUGAUUGGGGAGCCGUUCAUCGAACAAGACCUAUGGGGUGAAAGAACAUAUGAGCAAAUGAUGAAGUUGGCUUUAUCUGAUGAAGUCGAGCUCAUCAAAGAGCCGCUGACGAUUGAGAAUGGGCAUGAGCAGGCUGAUAAGACUUUCAGGAUCGCUGGAGAGAUGUCAUUCCUUGUGAACUCUCUAAUUCACGAGGACCGCUUGAAAAUGAUGAAUAAAGAAGCAGAAGGCAAUGAAAUCAGAGAGACUUUCAGAGAAGGAGAGUAUGAUGGGAAGUAUAAAUUAAUGGGAAUGUGGUUGAAUGGUGAGUUGAGGGAGGAUGAGGUGGAUCCAGAUGUUCGUGAGAAAAGUACGGCAAAAGGACUGAAAUGGACAAGGGUGAUGAGGGACUGCAAUGGCCUUUGGGAGGGCAUAUUGUCACAGGUACUCUAGAUUCUAUAUCUAUUUGCUUUCACAUCCAAAGAGUUGUUGCUGAAUUUUUGCUUUUUUUCUUUUGUUUGUUUCUGCUGCCGUGAUUUCAGCAGAGCUGUAACGCCCGUUGAAGG